AAUCAGCAGCCACAGUAGCAGGCGUCAAGUCAGACGCUCGGAACCCUAGGGGGGAAAAAAAAUAAAAAAAGGGAGAAAGGUUGAGGGAAAAAAUUAGGGCUUUCUGAUUCCGGUCGCAAUCCUGGGGCGUCGGAGCUCUGGAUCGAGCUAUUGGAGUUGCGCUGAUUGGAUUCGGAUGAUGGCGGGGAUGGAGAUCGAUUCGCCGCCACCGGAGAAGAAUCCGGCGUUGUCUCCCCGAGAACGCAUCGUUCAGAGGAUUGUCAAGCUUGGAAUUCCUUUGGACCAAAUCGAUCCACCGACUCCAUCAUUUCUAGUAGAUUUUAUGAAGCAUACUGGUGUGUCGAUACCUAAUUUAGUCUCUUCUAUCUUACCGACCGAUGAGGAUGUUGCUGAAAUUCGGAGGAUAUACAAGAAGGAGUCUGGAGGAGGCACUAGAAGGGCUAAAUUGAAAAAGUUAUAUGCUGAAAGUUUGUUAUGGAUACAAUGGAUGAUGUUUGGCUGUGAUCCACAAGCUUGUUUGAAGGAGAUGGCAGAGAGAGCUGCUGGUCACAGGGCUGUGUGUGGCUCCGUUUGGGGCCAGAAUGACUUGGCUUAUCGCUGCCGGACAUGUGAGCAUGACCCAACUUGUGCAAUUUGUGUUCCUUGUUUUAAGAACGGUAACCACAAAGACCAUGAUUACUCUAUUAUGUACACUGGUGGUGGAUGCUGUGAUUGUGGAGAUGAGACAGCUUGGAAACGAGAGGGUUUCUGUUCGAAGCAUAAAGGUAUCCAACAGAUUCAACCUCUAUCUGAGGAGUUAGAGAGAUCCGUGGGACCCGUUAUUGAUAUCCUCCUUACUUGUUGGCGGGACAAGGUUGUGUCAGCAGAGCACUGGAAGCAUGCUAGAGACAGCAGUCGCAGUGACAUCAAAAAGGUUGCAGAUGAGUUUUCCUCUGCUGUUGUUAGUAUGUUGCUUGACUUCUGCAAUUGUAGCGAAAGUUUGCUGAGUUUCAUCUCUGGGAGGAUAUCUGAAUGUUCGUGUUUGAUAGAUGUUCUUGUAAGGGCGGAGAGGUUCUUGGACAAAGAGGUUGUGAAUAAGCUCCAUGAGUUGCUCUUAAAGCUUAUAGGGGAGCCUCUAUUUAAAUAUGAGUUCGCAAAAUCUCUUAUAGAAUACUACCCAGUAACUGUGAAUGAAAUAAUAAAAGAAUCCAGCGAUUCAAUGCUUGAGAAGUAUACAUUGUUAUCAACUUUCUCCGUGCAAAUAUUUACUGUGCCUGUUUUGACUUCGCGAUUGGUAAGGGAGGUGGAUCUACUAGGCAUUCUGCUUGGAUGCUUGAUGGACAUCUUUAUUUCUUGUGUUGGAGAAGAUGGUCGCUUGCAGGUGAGCAGAUGGUCAAGUAUAUAUGAUACUACACUUCGUUUGGUUGAGGAUACACGCUAUGUCAUGAGCCAUGAUGAAGUUUCUAGAUAUAUUGCUGAGGAACGACCUGAUAUCCCAAGAGCUUGGUUGCGGCUGCUAAGUCUUGUGCAGGGUAUGGACCCUCAGAGAAGGACAACAGGAAUUCACACAGAAGAUGACAAUGACAAUGUCCCAGCAGCUUUUGCACUGUGCUAUUACCUUGGAAAUGUCCAUUCUCUUUUGGUAGGCGCAGCAUUUUCUGUAGCCGAGCCCAAAGAAACAAAGGGUGAUAAAGGACUGCUUCAUCCGUCAAGCUCUGAUUGUAGUAUAAGCUGUCCUGUUGAUGCUUCAAAUCAUAUAAGUACUGAUAGGGAGAACUGCCCAACUAUUCCAACUUCUGCCAUGUGGUUAAUUUCUGAGUGCUUGAAAACUAUUGAAAAUUGGCUGGAACCAUGUUCUACUCCCAGGGGCAAUCUUUUUUCUUCUGAUGCAUCUGGGAGCAAUGGUUCAAGCAUUUUUACUUUGGGAAAGAAAUCAUUUAGCACUAGGAAAAGUAGGAAUAGGGUUAAUAUAACAUCUUUGUCUGGGGUGGGGUUUGAUGGAGACCAAGUUCCUUCCAUUCAUGAGAGGCUUGCCUCUUCUCCUGCAUCUGGUGAACUAGAGGCACAUGUCAAGGAUGACCCUCAAGCGGAUGUUAGUGACAAUUAUGAUAUGGUUCCUGAAUUCUCCAGUAAGAGCGUGGGACAAGAUGCUUCUUUUGAGGAGAUAAGUUCUGGAAGGGAAUUGGAAGCAUUCAGAAUAUUUAACUUGGUAAAUUGGCCUAUUAUAGAGUAUGAUGUCAGUUCACAAGAAAUCUCUUUCCAUAUUCCUUUACAUCGUUUUCUUUCAUUAUUGUUGCGGAAAGCACUGAAAACCUUUUAUGAGAAAACUGGAAUCCUUGUCAAGGCAAAUGAUAAGCUUACACGGACUUCAUCUCAUCAGCAUGAAUUUUUUGGACAAGUUUUAGAAGGUGUACAUCCCUGUGGAUUUUCUGCAUACAUAAUGGAAAAUCCUCUAAGGUUAAGGGUGUUCUGUGCUCAAGUGCGUGCUGGCAUGUGGCGUAGAAAUGGUGAUGCAGCCAUUUUAAGCUGUGAGUGGUAUCGUUCUUUCCAGUGGUUGGAAGUAGGGUUAGAGCCGGAUUUGUUUUUGUUGCAGUGUUGUGCUGCAUUAGCACCUCCAGAUUCAUUUGUGAAGAGAAUCCAAGAAAGAUUUGGCUUAUCCAAUUAUACAUCUUUGAAUCUUGCAGAUCAUAACGAGUAUGAAGCAGUUUUGGUUCAGGAAAUGCUCACUCUUAUUAUACAAAUAGUCAAAGAACGAAGAUUCUGUGGGUUAUCCACUACUGAAAAUUUACGGAGAGAGUUGGUUUAUAAACUGGCUAUUGGAGAUGCUACUCAUAGCCAAAUCGUUAAAUCUCUUCCACGUGAUCUUUCUAAAUGCGAUCAGCUCCGGAGCAUUUUGGACACAAUUGCUGUAUAUUCAAAGCCAUCUGGCAUGAAGCAGGGUAAAUAUUCACUCCGAGAAACACUCUGGAAAGAGUUGGACUUGUAUCACCCACGUUGGAAUUCUAGAGAUUUACAAGUUGCAGAAGAGAGAUAUUUGCGCUUCUGCAAAGUUUCCGCGCUCAAUGCUCAAGUACCUCGAUGGACAGCAAUUUUUGGUCCUUUGCUUACAAUUUCAAGAAUUGCAACAUCAAAAUCUAUCGUCCAAAUUAUCCGGGCGGUUAUAUUUUAUGCAGUUUUCACUGAAACAUCACCAUUAUCUCGUGCUCCUGACAGUGUUCUUAUUACAGCAUUGCACUUGCUUUCACUAGCAUUAGAUGUUUGUGAAACACAGCUACCCUGUGAUCAGAAAUCAUGUAUUGAAUCUAUAGAUACAUCAUGCCAGGCAGAUGAUUUGUUCCCCAUACUUACCUACGCCAGUGAAGAAUUUGAUAUGGGUGCUGCUGGUGAAGUUCUUUGGAAGAACCAAAGCUUGUUAUCAUUGCUAGUAUCAUUGAUGAGGAAGCAUAAAGAACAAAAUGAUUAUAGUUAUGCUGAGAUAAAACAGUGCAACAUUUCUUCCCUGAUUGAGAAUUUAUUGAUGAAGUUUGCACAGUUAAGCACAACUUGCUUGGAUAAUCUUAAACGAUUGGCACCAGAGUUGAUUUGUAAUAUUCCACAACACCAGGUUAACACUACAGUAGGUACUUUUGCAUCAACUUCGGAUCUAGAUGCACGAAGGGCAAGAGCCCGAGAACGUCAGGCUGCAAUAAUGGAAAAAAUGAAAGCUGAGCAAUCAAAGUUUAUUGCUAGCCUCAAUUCAGAAGGUAAUGGGGAGACAUAUAAUACGAAAUCUGAUCGGAAAGUGUCUGUGUCUGUGUUUGAUGACACCACAGAAGAGUCUGCACCAAUCUGCUCACUUUGUCGGGGUUCAGAUACCGAAAGUCCACUAUGUUUCUUGAUUCUUCUCCAGAAAUCACGGCUCACUAGUUUUGUUGAGAGCGGUCCCAUUUCAUGGGAUGAUAUUGACAAGUCAGACAAGGAGAAGCACACAAUUUCAACUAAAGGGGAGCAAUCUGGCAAUGCCUCAACAGCUCCAGUUCAGUUGGUUCAAGGUGCAGGUCCUGAUGUUACCUAUGGUAUAGAACCUGCAGAAAUUAACGUACUUGAGAGCUUAUUUGGUGAAUUUCUUCCUGAAAGGAGAGGCACCCAACCAACUACUACUUCCUAUUAUAGUUCCACAAGUUUGCCAUCGACUCUUGAGAUGUUGGAAAACGAUGCUUACCAGUCUAUCGUAGGAGAAAUUUGUGCUUUAAAUGGUCAGUCAUAUUGUUCAACUUCAGGAGCUGCAGUGCACACACAGCAAAUCAGGUCUGCAAAAUCUUAUAUGCUACGAGGCAAUGUUGCAUCACUAUCAAGGAAGGCUUCCCAAAUCCAUCAGGCUUCCAUGUAUCACAUCCAUGCAAAAGGCUCAGAUUCAACUGUUCCAGCUACCAGAUUUAGUGGAAUUGGACCCAGAAAUUGUGAUGGAAUUCAUAUUUCUUCCUGUGGGCAUGCUGUGCAUCAAGAAUGUCAUGACAGAUAUUUAACGUCUUUAAAGCAAAGGCACCUGAGAAGACUUGGUUUUGAAGGAGGUCACAUUGUGGAUCCAGAUCUGGGAGAGCUGCUCUGCCCAGUAUGCCGCAGGUUUGCAAAUUCAAUCUUGCCUGCAUUCCCUUCUGGAAUCUCUAAUAAACUUGUGAGACGGAUUGUGCCCAUUGAGAGUCCAAAGGAGAAUCUUCCAGUCGCUUUAUCUCUUGCUUUAUCUCUCCUCAAAAGCACGGCCAAAAUUGUUGGACAUGGCAGGUUCCGGAAAGCUCUUUCCGGAAAGCAGAAUGUAAAUGUUAAAUCAGCUCUAGAGCCUGCAUUCCGUAAAUUGUGUAUGCUUUAUUCUGUUCCCGGUUAUGAUAAUCUCCUAGCCUCUGGGAGACUUCAUCAAUCUCUCAUUCUGUGGGACACUUUUAUGUACACCCUUGUAUCGACAGAAAUUGCUGCUCGUGGGAAGCCGAAGAAGUGCUUGUCCAGUUCAUUGUCUUUAGAGGCUUUAUAUGCUGAACUUGGUUCUGAUGAAUUUAUUCUUUCACUGUUGUUGAGUAUUGCUCAGACUGCUCGGUUUUCAAGUCAGCAUGAUGUUCUUCUUAGAUUCAGGGGUAUCCAACUAUUAGCAGGUUCGAUUUGCUUUGGUGUGUCCGGAGACAAGUCCUCAAUCUCGGAUGAGAAAAAAGGACAUGCAGACAAGGGGGAAAGCUUUCCUGAUACUCUGUUCUUUGGACGAGUUGCCGAUCCUAUCCUAGCUCAUGAUCCCUUUUCUUCACUAGUUUGGACUCUAUUUUGUCUUCCUUCUCCGUUUAUAUCAUCUAGUGAAUUCCUUAUCCCCCUUGUUCACCUUUUCUAUUAUGUUUGUGUUGUCCAGGCAUUAGUCACAUGCUAUAACGAACAACAUUUUGAUUUUUCAUGUUUCGGUGAUGGUGUUCUUAAUGAUAUCUGCAAGAUGAUGGGAGAAUGUGACUAUGUGAGGAAGUAUUUUCUUUCCAACUAUAUUGACAUAUCAUGCCAUCCCAAGGAUAUGAUCCGCCGAUUGACAUUUCCUUAUCUUAGAAGGUGUGCGUUACUCUGUAAAAUGUUAGAAUCCUCAAUGCCAGGCCCACUAUUUGAAAGUUCUUGCAUGUGGAAAUCAAAUCCUUGCGCUAGUGGCAGUGUAUUAGAUAGUGUCACCACUGAAGAGUUAAAUGGAGUAAAUGAGUUGGAAAAUAUGUUUCAAAUCCACUCUCUAGAAUCUGUUCUCGAGAAUGAAUUCAUGCAUUCUUUAGCUGUAACAUGGUGUAACCAUUUCUGCAAGGAGUUCAGUGUUCGUAAUAACAGGACUGUUUUGUUUUCCACGCCUGCGGUUCCUUUUAAGUUGAUUCAGUUACCUCGCCUCUAUCAGGAUCUACUUCAAAGGUAUAUAAAGCAGCAGUGCUCCAAUUGCAAGUCUGUCCCGGAGGAACCUGCACUCUGUUUGCUUUGUAGCAGAUUAUGUUCUCCAAAUUGGAAGUCCUGUUGCAGGGCAAGUAAAUGCCUGAAUCAUGCAACAGUCUGCGGUGCCGGUAUUGGUGUAUUUUUGUUGAUCCGGAGGACCACAGUGUUUCUUCAGAGAUCUUUGCGCGAGUCAGCCUGGCCGUCUCCCUAUUUGGAUGCUUUUGGUGAAGAGGAUCGUGACAUGCAUAGAGGAAGACCUCUGUAUUUGAAUGAGGAGCGAUAUGCAGCUCUUACGUAUUUGGUUGCGUCUCAUGGCCUUGAUCGGACAUCUGAAGUACUACGGCAAACAACAAUAGGUCUUAAUGGUCCUGAAUGAUACAACUCGAAGUAUGCUUCCCAGUUGAUAUCCACAUAUCAUCAAUAAAUGGAUCCUGAAUGAUACGAAAGAAGUAUGCAUUCCAUUUGAUAUCCACAUAUAUCAGCAAUAAAUGAUGCUAGAGAGUUGGGAUGCUGCAGAAGCAUAAGGCCAAUAGGGAGACACCCAGUUCAGGAAAUAGGGUCACCUUUCCGAUGAAUGUGGAUCUAUCCUGAAACCUUGCAGGUUAUGAAUGAGGAUCUAAUUGUUUGGCUCUUCAUUCUUGCAUCUUGUGGUGGACAAGCUGUUGAUUGCUUUAAUUUAGGCAUUGAUCAGAGUUCUAUAUUGGUGUUGGAGAUAAAUGACACAACUAGUAUCCACUAGUAUCGGAGCUACACACACCCACAUAUUCAAUGUCCAUGCAGUUCGAUACAGUCUUAUCCCCAGUGGGUCUUGGAUCUUUAACUCGUUUCUGCCUGCUUUCAAUGUAUAUGAUCAAAUUGUUGUUUAUGUUUCCUUUCAGUUAAUUGUAAAUAUGAGCUUGUACAUGUGAUGACCAAAGUCCCAGUUUAGUUUAAGAACCCUAAAUAUCAUUUUCGGGUCUUGUGAAUUAUCAAAAUGUUUGGCGAUGAAAAAGAGUAAUCUUGUUUAUAGAAUUCGAUUUAAGAUCCAAAUGAGAGAGGGUUUUCUUUCUUUCU